AUGGAAGGCAAGGGAAGUCUCGCUGCCGAGCUGCAGCAGGUGAUUGAGAAAUACAACAAAGAUGACCCUGCGAGUUGGAUGCAACUGGAGGAUGCCCUGGAAAAGGUGCGUCGGGAGCUGGUGCCUCCUCACAUCUUUACAAUGAAACAGCGACUGCAGACGGUGAACAAUGUUUGCAUUGUGGUGGCGCAUGAGAUGGGCCUGCUCCAGACCUUGGCUGCCAAUGAAGGCAAGAGUCUGACUGCUGAGGACCUGUCCAAAGCCUCGGGGUACAAUGUCGGCCUCAUUGCUCGGGUGAUGCGCAUGCUAACAGCCAUUGGCUUUGCAAAUGAGACUGCGUAUCAGACUUACACUGCAAAUGGGUGUACCUUGGCCCAAAACACGCCAGGUGCUAUUGGAGGCAUGAUUAUCUCCAAUGACAUUGUCUUCCCCGUUGCAAGUCAAAUCCGCCAAUAUCUCCGGCAGAACAAACCUGUUGAUAUCAGCAAAGCGCCGCCAGCAUACGACUUCGCGAUGGGAGAGACCAUCUGGCAAACACUAGCGAAAGACGCCGAGUGGAAAAAAGGCUUUGACGACAAUAUGACCGCUCGGAACAAAACACUCUCUGUCCCAUGGCAUGUGAAAUAUCCGGUUGGGGAGAAGCUAGCCGCACGACCACUGUCGACAAGACCAAUCAUUGUUGAUGUGGGUGGUAACCAGGGGGUUGAUCUACAACGUUUUGCGGAUACAUUCCCUGAGCUAGACUGCGAGCUGAUCUUGCAAGACCUCCCGGAGACUAUAGCUGGAAUUCCAGGAGAGCUUGACUCUCGAAUCAAGCCAACUUCGCAUGACUUCUUUACAGAGCAGACUUCAAAGGGGGCUGAUAUAUACUACCUCAAAUCUAUCCUUCACGACUGGGACGAUAUCGCCUCGCGCAAAAUCCUUUCCAAUAUUGCGAAGGUUAUGCAGCCUCAUUCACGUCUUCUCAUCAACGAAAUGAUCCUUUCCGAUGUGACUGAGUCAAUGAUGAGGAGUAACAUGGAUAUGCUGAUGCUGUUCUUCACUAACGGGAUGGAGCGUACUCAGACACAGUGGAAUGAGCUGUUGGCCUCGGUGGAACCACCUCUCAAGCUUGUUCAGGUCUGGUCAGCUCCGGGGGAUCAACAAUGUGUCAUUGAAACAUGUCUGGCGGAGUAG